AUGAUCCACAGUGCUCUGCCUUCUCAUGCUAUGAAUUGGGACCUCAUGGGACCUUCUACCCUUAUCCACCAGAAACCAAUGCAUCUUGGAUUUGGGGCUUUAGGGAAAAGUUUUUUAAUAGAUAAUAUUUUGAGAGAUGGGGACACUCAUGCCACAAAGUGCCUUCCUGUUGCAUGCAGCACUUUUCAAGUAUCACCAAGUCCUACUGCAGAACAAAUUAGCCCACCAGGAGGUACAUAUCCUACAACCUGGGCUUUUCGCCUCAUCCACCCUUCUGAUACCCUGCCUGGUCUCUAUCAACAGCCUUUAACAGGGAAUGGAAAUAAAACUGGCUUUUCGAAGUGCUUUUUUCUGCAAUCCCUGCCUUUCUAUCCGGCUUGCUGUGGUGGGUCCUGUCCGCACCCUGCAUCCCCCACUGCUUUUCCAAGAAGUGAACCUGCCAGAGACAUGCCAGUGUUGACACAAGAUUCAAACACCAAAGUGCGACGUGUUAUCUUAAGAAGGGCGGUCUUCUCGGAAGACCAGAGGAAAGCACUUGAGAAGAUGUUUCAAAAACAAAAAUACAUUAGCAAGGCUGAUCGGAAGAAGCUUGCGGUCAACCUUGCUUUGAAGGAGUCACAGGUCAAAAUAUGGUUCCAAAACAGGAGGAUGAAAUGGAGAAAUUCAAAAGAAAAAGAGGUUCUUUCAAAAAUGUGCUUAAAGGAAGAGAUGGCAGAACAGAAACUCUCAAGAACUGCAUCAAGUCUUAACGUCUACCCCGCUGAAAGGGAUUUAAGUAAUAUUCAGCAACUCAAAAAGAUCAAGACAAAAUUACCAUGCAAUGCGAAAUCAUCAUUAUCAGAGCAACCGUUUGGGAGCACUAGACAAUCGCCUGUAAAUCUGGGCUCUCAUCACCGGGGAAGCAAGCUGGAAUUGCAGAACAACUUUCACACUAAAAUCUAAGCGUUCUGACUUUAACUAACUUUUAAAGUGCGUAAAAUGACAUGGACAUAAAAAGAGCACUUUUUAGAAAAAUAUGUGCAAGACAUUAUAUCCGACACCGCAUUUUAAAUGAAAAC